AUGGAUUCAAAGAACUUCUUGCCAACUAUAGAUGUCAAUCUAUUAUUCAAUCUCCGUUAUGAUGCACUGAAGGACAAUAUGAAUAAUGCACAAGAUCUUCAUAAUGCGAUGAAUGAAGCGAAUAUCAAAUAUCAUCAUAUGUUUGAUGUUCAUUCGACAGAGCAUAAGAGGUUGACGAAUGAGACGGUGAAGGCAGUGUGCAAGUUGAAUAGGUUUAGAGUGGAGGACGUAAAGGAUGAUCCAAAGAAGUUCUUGGGAUUCUUGUUCACGUUGUUCACGCACGUGGACUUCUCCACCGUGGCCAAGAUGGUGAUCCACUUCCAACUGUUUGGUGGCACGAUCAUGGAGGUGGGCACAGAGUAUCAUCACAAGAAGUACUUUGACGACAUCAACAAGUUCAACAUUGUCGGUGGCUUUGCCAUGACUGAGAUGGGGCAUGGAUCCAACGUCCGUCAAAUCGAGACCUCCACCUCCUACGACGGUCUCACAAAGGAGUUGGUAAUCAACUCCCCAUCAUUAUCCAGUACAAAGUUUUGGAUUGGAAAUGUAUCCAUGUUUGGAACUCAUGUUGUAUUGUUCACAAAGUUGAUCUACAAGGGUGAAGACAAGGGUGUUCAUGUCGUUGUCGUUCCAAUUCGUGAUCCAAAGACCAUGGAACUAUAUCCUGGUAUUCAACUUGGUGAUUGUGGUCACAAGAUUGGUUGGAAUGGUAUUGAUAAUGCUUGGAUCAGGUUCAAGAACUGCAGGGUACCAGUGGAGAACUUGUUGAACAGGUUCGCAACUAUCACUCCCGAUGGAGAGUACCUUACCAAGAUUGCCUCACCUGGCAAACUAUUCCAAAUUACCAUUUCCCAACUUGUCUUUGGCAGACUACUAUAUAUCUGUGGUCCACUAUUCGUUAUGAAUGCUGGACUCAAGACUGCCAUCAGAUAUGCCUUUAGUCGACGUCAGUUUGGAGACAAGGGCAAGGAAGAGAGUUUGAUCAUUGAUUAUGCAACUCAUCAUAGAGUGUUGCUACCAAUGCUGGCCACAAACAUUGCCUUUGAGUUUAGCAGGAAUUGGGUCAUUGAGAAUCUGUUGGAAUCACGCCAGUCUGAGGAGAAGACAGAGGAGUAUCAUGCUGUGGUCAGUGGAGUCAAGGCAAUGGUAACAGAGACUUGCUCAACCGGCCUGUCCAAGCUCCGUGUGCUCUGUGGUGGCAAUGGUAUAUCCUCGUACAACUACUUUGGCUACUUCCGUGGCGAGCUGGACGUGUUCCAGACGGCAGAGGGCGAUGGCAAUGUGCUCUACCAGCAGCUGGCCAAGUUCCUGUUGAAGGAGUACAAGAACUGGUACAAGAACCACGGCAUGAAGGUUACAUCA